AUGGCCUUCCCCCCGCGAUACCGGGAGCCACCGCCCAGUCUACCGAGCAUUAUUUCCUCUGGCCCCGGACGCUACGACCUUCACCACGAUGUGCCAUUUCCCGCAAGUUCCGCGAUGUCCAUACCGAGACUCGAUCAGAAAGACGUCGUCCCUCCUCCUCUACCCCCGCCGCGUCAUCUUCCCUUUUUGGAGGGCCCGGCUCAUAGUACCGACGACUCGAAAAAGGAGUCGAUGGACUGCAGUCACUUUGGUUCAUCUGCGCACAGCGGGUACGGCAGCAUGCAGUCCGGGUCAUUUGUCGAUGAGAGAUCAAGUUGCAAGAGAAGAGGCACCGGGAGCAGCGCCAAUGGUGACGAGGGCUACGCGAGCUACACUGCAACAGAAAGUACUCGGGAUCCUCGACCCACGGAAUUCCUACACCGCAGCAAGUUUCACUUUCAAACUGCCGCUGAUUUGCAUGGUGAUAGCAUGAAGAAGAAGUUGGAUCCGAUAGCUGCUAGGACGUUUGACAUGUCCACCCGAUCGGCAACAUCUUCCGCCUUGAGCGAGCAAGUACGGCGGCAAUCUGACCCUCGAGCUCCGGCCCUGAGUAUACCCGUACAAAUGCCUAUCCACACCAGAUCGCUACUGGACUCACCAGCCCGAAUAACGGACGCGCCCAUGUUCUCUGCCGUUUCCCCCCGAUCUACUCCGUUUCGACACCUUCCCGGGGACAACCGCAUGUCCAAGGAUGGAUUAGAUUUUGACCAAUCACCAAGACAUCGUUCAGGGCGAAACAACAGUGACGAUGCGUCCUCAAGUCACGGGAGCUAUGAGUUUACUGGCGCAGAAGACAUGGAGAUUGAUGGGGCCACGUCGCCCAAGAGGCUUUACCCGGACGAAACGUAUGCCACUGUUGGCCAUAAGCGAAGAGCAGCUAGUCCUCCGUCAGGGGAAACUGUACUCCACGGAGGCUCGAGUGAGGUUCGCCGACGAGACCUUGGAUCCCGUGGCUCUCCCGCACCCCGACUCACCCUCGUGCCACAAACGUCGUCUUUAUCGUCUUCCGCUGUCUCCCGUUCAAAUUCUUACAUUUCUACCAUGUCCAUGGCUCCAUCGAGUGCAACCACCACGACAUCAUUCAGCCGUCGAUCACCUGGUGCUGCGUCCCCCGGCGGUGUCUCUCCGACAUCUUGCAAUUCGCCAUACACGACGCCUGUCUCACUGAACCACAGUCCACGAAACUCCAUCUCUGGCAGGGGGGGUGUACAUGGACGCACCGUAUGUGGAACAAGCCCCAGGAAGCUAGCAGAUAUCCAAAAACCUGCAGGCGCAAAGGUUCAGCGUCUUUUCAUGUGUGACUGUUGCCCUAAAAAGCCGAAAAAAUUUGAUACCGCUGAAGAACUCAGUGCUCACGAGGCCGAGAAACAGUACGAAUGUUCGUUUUGUGGCAAUCGUUUCAAGAACAAGAAUGAGGCGGAGCGACAUCAAAACUCGCUCCAUGUUCGCCGGCAUUCAUGGUCGUGUUCAGCAAUAUCAGGCUAUGAUCGGGCGUUUCAUGAGUCGACUAGCCAUCCCGGAGAAGCCGACACUUGCGGCUAUUGCGGCGAUGAGUUCCCCCGCUCAGGUAGAGGCCCUGGUAACGGAGCUUUCUCUAGAGGGGUUGUCCCCAAGCAGGCCACGGAUCAGGACUGGGAUGAUCGCAUCCGUCAUCUACUAGAAGUUCACAAAUUCCGAGAGUGCAACUCUUCGAAGAAAUUUUACAGAGCGGAUCAUUUCCGGCAGCAUCUGAAACAUAGCCAUGCGGGAACUAGCGGUAAAUGGACGAACAUGCUAGAGAAUGCAUGCAUGAUGGAUGAGGACCCAACACCGCGAUGA